AUGGAAGAUUUAAAUCGAGGAAUUAAACAUUUGCAAGUUAAACCAAAAGGUAAAAGAAAACUUGAAAACGAAUUGGAUCUCCCGUCCGAAGAAAAAUACAUCUCUAAAGAUCAAGCCAAUAAGGUUGAUCGAGCACUUUAUGAGAUUUUUGAAAACACUAAUGAAAAAGUGGCCCAACUGGCACCUCAAAAACAAUUUGAAUCGGUUUUUGAUGGCCUUUCAACAUUUUUUACAUAUUUCAGUAGAAGGAUAGAAAAUCAAGCUCUCAAAAAUGGAUGCACAAAACAAAUAUUGCUUUUUGAUGAUUUGUCAGCCUUCACUCAUAAUUAUUCAAACAAAAUUUUUAAUGAAGUAAUAGAAGUUUACUUAGAUAGUAAAACUGUAAAAUUUCCUAUAGUAUUCAUAAUCACGGACGUUCGAAUCAAUGAUACUGGCAAUGAUUAUACAGGCAAACAGGACAAGUUUAAAGAUAUCAAUAUGAGAACUUUUUUCACACCAAAUAUUCUUAGGUCAGAAAAAUCCAAGUGCAUCGAAUUUCCUGCUGUGCCAACAUACUUGAUGAUAGAUGCUCUUCAAAAAUAUGCCAAUAAUGAAUAUAGAAACGACCAACAAAAAAGGCUGGCAUCGCUGCAGUUAAUUCCUUUAGUUGAAAAAAGGUCAAAUGGUGAUCUGAGGGGAGCGAUUAAUCUUUUGGAAUCUUUCCUCAUACAAAUACCCAAAGAAGUGAAGGAAGAAAUAAUUGCAGCUCAAAUGAUAGGGAUUGCACAAGGAGUGUAUGAUCACGCAUUACCUUAUUUAUUCCAAAGGGAACAAUUCGGUCAACUUAUUGGCAACUUUCAGGGAAUGCAAAUGCAAUAUGCACAAAUUGCAACUGAAAUCGAGGCUGCCAGAUUGCUAACAUAUAAUGCGGCUAGAAUGAAACAAGAAGGAAAAGCCUUUAUUAAAGAAGCUGCAAUGGCUAAAUUGUAUUCUUCUCAAAUAGCAGAAAAGGCUGCGUCUAAAUCUAUCGAGUGGAUGGGUGGUGUUGGAUUUACUACAGAAUUUCCAGUUGAGAAGUAUUACAGAGAUGCAAAAAUAGGUGCAAUUUAUGAGGGAACCUCAAACAUUCAAUUAAUCACAAUCGCCAAAGAAAUUAAAAAGAAAUAUACAUCAUAA